AUGAGCACCGGGCAGUCGUACCUCGAGGACACGACGGCCGAUGCUGUUCUCCUUCAGGAGCUCCGCGUUUGCGGGGGCCCCCUCCUGGCUGCUCAGCGCCGGGCUGCCCGCGCCAAGUGGUCGCUGGCCGCCGAACCCGCCGUGCCCACCGAGGCCGGUUCGCUGAGCGCUGGCGUCGGGGUUGCGGCCCGGUCGCACGUGGGACUCAGUCGUGCUGCCGGCUUGGUCUCGCGCGACGCCUGCCACCCCCGCGUCGUCGUAACGCACGCGGGCGCUUUUUGCGCCGGUGGCAUCUACCUUGUGUCGGCCUAUUUCUGGUGCAACGAGGGGGCCUCCCAGCGCGACCUCGAGCUGCUCCAGUGCAUCGCCCAACGCGUGCGGCAGCUCCACGGCCCGUGGAUCCUGGCGGCCGAUUUCAACUUCCCGCCCGCGGUGCUGGAGAGCACCGGCUGGCUCCGCCUCGCUGGGGGCGCCAUCGUUUCGACGGGGCUUGCUACAUGUAAGGGUGCUGCAGAGGAUGACCACUUCGUUGUCGACGCCCGCCUUCGUGGCGCCAUCGUCGGCGUGGCCCUCGUCCACGACGCUGGCUCGCGACCCCGCUCCGCAGUUCGGAUCUGGGUCAAGGGCCGGCCGAGGCGCGACGUGGUCCGCUCCCUAGCGGCGCCGGCCAAGGCCGACAUCACCCAAUCUCUGGGUACCGGGGCGUCUGCCCAGGUGGUUGCUCGAGCGCGCCGGGUCCAGUGGUUCUUCUUGGCGUACUCGUGGGAGUACUUGGGCGAUGGCGUGCACGCCGCUGCUUUUCGCCGCUGGGUGCGCAUGGCCGCCAGCCAGGGCUGGCAAGACAGAGUUCGCGUGAACUGGCUGCGGUCUACGGCGGACCUCAUUUCGAGGCGCACCAUGGCCUACGACAUCCAGCAGUCCGACGCUGCCUGGGCGAGCUGGCUGUGUGACGGCCCUUGCAAGAGCCUGGGCAGGCACCACCGCCUGUCGCGGGUUGCCUCGAGCUGGGCCCCUAGCCCAAUCUCGAAUGGCGAGCCCGAUGGGGAUGCUCUCAGCGAGGCUGCCGACGACGACUGCCUUUCCCAGCGUGAGCUUGAUGGUUGCGAGGCCUGCUGCUCGCCGCGCCCUCUCUCGUUGCAGGCCGAGCUCGCGGCCACUGCGCUGCAGACGGCCGCCCGCACCUUCUCCGCAGGCACAGGCCCCGGCUGGGACAAGCUGGGCCCCCGGGCAGUCUGCCGGUGCGCGGACGGCGCAAUUUGGUCAUUGAUCAGGCUUUUCAUAAUGUGUGAGCUGCUCGGGACUUGGCCUACCUGCGUUGGGGUCGUCCUCAUCUGCUUGUUACCCAAGCCCGAUGGGGGCCGCCGCCCGAUUGGCCUGCUGCCCAGCGUCAUUCGGUGGUGGAUGCGCGCCAGGCUGGACGUGGUGCGGGCGUGGCAGCCCGCCCACGAUCGCCUUUUCUUCUACGCUGGCCCCCGGAGGGGCGCAGAGGUGGCCGCGUGGAAGCAGGCCGCCAGGGCGGAGCUGGCGCACUGUGCUUCUUUUCUCAGCCACGCCAAUGCGAUGCUCGACAUGGUGAAGGGCUGGCGGUACAGCUACCCCAUGGCCGUCCUGAGGCUCAGCGUCGCCGCAUGCCGCCUCGCUCGGUGCAUCGCUAUUGAUGGCGUCUGCUCGGUGCUGCUGCUGGCCGCGCGCGGGAUCACAGCCGGGGCCGUGCGCGCCACCUUCGAGCUCCGGCUGCUCCUCGUCGAGUGGUUAGACGGGACGGUUGCGCUGUAUCGGUGCAUCGUGAUCACGGUCUACGUCGACGACGCGUCCUUCGAGGCAUCCGGCUCGGACCGGAUGGUCUGCGACGCCGUGGGUGGUGCUGUGAGGCACUUCGCCGAGCGCCUCGUGGAGAUCGGCAUGGAGGUGAGUCCCACGAAGAACAUGGUGCUCGCCUCGCUGAAGGUCGUGGACAACGCCAAGUCGCUCGGGGGCGCCAUUUGCCCCGGACGCGUCCGGCACGCCGCUCUACUGGCGAAGCGGCUCCGGGCAUUCAAAGUGCGGAAGCCUCAGUUCCGAAAGCUGCGCCGCUGGAUCGGGGCUCGCAGGGCGGCCGCGGUGCUCCGGACAGGUGGCGCAGCGGCCCUCGUGCACGGGCAGGCCAACGCGGGCGUCUCCAACACCAUGGUCCAGUCCCAGCGUGUUGCAGUCGCUGCUGCCUCCGUGCCGGGCGGCCGCGGCGAGCUGGACCUCGCCCUGAUCCUCGCCGACGGCGGCGUGGGCGGCAAGGCAGACCCGGCGUUCGCUGCUCACGAGGCCCCCACUGUCAAGUGGGCCGAGGCUGUGUGGGAAGGCUGGCUGCCCAGGCCUGCCUUGAACAAACUCGUGUCCGCUGCUCUCGCAGUCCUGGUGGACCGGGCGUCGCCUUGGGCCAUGGUGCGAGGCCCCGCCGCAGCUUUCGCGGCGUCGGCCCUGCGGAUUGGCUGGCAGAUACUUUCACAUGCCAAGGUGCGCACCGACCGGGGCCAGCACAUUGAUUUCACCAGGGAUUCGCCGGCCAUGGCCCGGCGAUUUGCGCCGCAGUCUGUCUGGCGCUGGCGGUGGCGACGCGUCGAGCGGCAGCAUCCUCGCGUCGCCCGCGGGCCUGGAGGGCACGGGCUCUUCGUGCAGCUUAUCUUCAAGCUCCUGAACGGGAGGGGUGGCGACAACUGGGGCCCCUCUGAAAAGGGCGCCUUGCGGUCAGCCUUCGCGAACCGGCAGUGGCCGCAAGCGAGGCUGCACCGAGCAGGCCUCGCCAGCACCGCCAACUGCAGGUUGUGCGCGCGCGCGGGGUUGUGCGACCCGCAGGCCGAUGAUCCGAGGUUCACUGGGCAUCUGGCGCGCCGCGUCUUCACGUGUCCGGCCACGGAGCCCUACCGGCAGAAAACGGCCCCCGCGUGGAUCCAAGAGCUGGUCCGCCAGCACACGGACGCCGAGGGCACGCUGGCGCUGAGCCCUGCUGACCUAGCCCUGCUCACACGAGGCGUCGCCCCGUCUCCUGCCGCUGCCCUGGGCCCGCUGGCCGCGCAUGCCGCGAAUGGGUGGUCCGGCCGGGCCCGCUGGCCGCGCAG